CUUGGCCCCCCCACCCCCUCCCUCGGGGCCCCCCCGCCCCCCUCGGGAAAAAAAUCCACCCCAAAUCACUGGAACCCGAGGGAGGUUUCCUUUCCCCCGCGGGGAGACGCGCUCUCCACGGUUCCCUCUCAGCCGUCUCCCCAAGCCCCCGUCCCCUCCCCUGCUCCCACCCCCUUCUCCCGGCGCCGGGUGCGAGGUCCCUUUAAGGCGACGGCGCCUUCCUCGGGUCAGACUACCGGCGGCGACGACCACGGGAGCAUGGCGGACACCGACCUCUUUAUGGAAUGUGAGGAGGAGGAGCUGGAGCCAUGGCAGAAAAUCAGUGAUGUCAUUGAGGAUUCUGUUGUUGAAGAUUAUAAUUCAGUGGAUAAAACUACUACAGUUUCUGUGAGCCAGCAGCCAGUCUCGGCUCCAGUGCCCAUCGCUGCCCAUGCUUCUGUUGCUGGGCACCUCUCUACAUCCACCACCGUUAGUAGCAGCGGGGCACAGAACAGCGACAGUACAAAGAAGACUCUUGUCACACUAAUUGCCAACAACAAUGCCGGCAAUUCUUUGGUCCAACAAGGUGGACAGCCACUCAUCCUAACCCAGAAUCCAACCCCAGGUUUGGGCACAAUGGUUACUCAACCAGUGUUGAGGCCUGUCCAGGUCAUGCAGAAUGCCAAUCAUGUGACUAGUUCUCCUGUGGCGUCACAACCAAUAUUCAUCACUACACAGGGAUUUCCUGUAAGAAAUGUCCGGCCUGUACAAAAUGCAAUGAAUCAGGUUGGGAUUGUGCUGAACGUACAACAAGGCCAAACAGUUAGACCAAUAACACUAGUCCCAGCCCCAGGUACCCAGUUCGUUAAGCCGACAGUUGGAGUCCCACAGGUGUUCUCUCAGAUGACCCCAGUGAGGCCAGGCUCUACCAUGCCUGUGCGGCCCACCACUAACACCUUCACCACCGUCAUCCCAGCUACUCUGACUAUUCGAAGCACUGUCCCGCAGUCCCAGUCCCAGCAGACCAAGUCCACACCCAGCACCUCCACUACUCCCACUGCCACACAGCCGACCUCACUGGGGCAGCUGGCUGCUCCGCCUCCCAGCCAGUCCAGCCAGACCCCCAACCCCAAGCUAGCUCCCUCUUUCCCCUCCCCACCUGCAGUGAGCAUUGCCAGCUUUGUCACUGUGAAGCGACCUGGGGUUACAGGUGAAAAUAGCAAUGAAGUAGCCAAACUGGUGAAUACCCUUAAUACCAUCCCUUCCCUGGGCCAGAGUCCUGGGCCAGUGGUGGUUUCCAACAACAGCUCUACCCAUGGCUCCCAGAGAACCAGCGGACCCGAGUCUUCAAUGAAAGUGACGUCUUCCAUCCCAGUGUUUGACCUCCAGGAUGGUGGACGGAAAAUAUGUCCUCGGUGUAAUGCUCAGUUCCGUGUUACUGAAGCUUUGAGAGGUCACAUGUGUUACUGUUGCCCAGAAAUGGUGGAAUACCAGAAAAAAGGAAAGUCUCUGGAUUCAGAACCCAGUAUCCCAUCAGCUGCAAAGCCCCCAUCCCCUGAGAAAACAGUUCCUGUUGCUUCCACACCGUCUUCUACACCUAUUCCUGCUCUGUCACCACCUACCAAAGUACCAGAGCCAAAUGAAAAUGUGGGUGAUGCUGUCCAGACCAAACUCAUCAUGCUAGUAGAUGACUUCUACUAUGGACGGGAUGGUGGCAAAGUGGCCCAACUCACAAACUUCCCUAAGGUUGCCACAUCUUUCCGAUGCCCACAUUGUACCAAAAGGCUAAAAAACAACAUUCGAUUCAUGAACCAUAUGAAGCACCAUGUAGAACUCGAUCAGCAGAACGGUGAGGUAGAUGGUCAUACUAUCUGCCAACACUGUUAUCGCCAGUUUUCCACACCCUUCCAGCUCCAGUGCCACUUGGAAAAUGUUCAUAGUCCUUAUGAAUCGACGACCAAGUGCAAGAUCUGUGAGUGGGCGUUUGAGAGUGAGCCACUAUUUCUCCAGCAUAUGAAGGAUACUCAUAAGCCUGGAGAGAUGCCUUAUGUCUGCCAGGUGUGUCAGUAUCGCUCCUCACUCUACUCUGAGGUAGAUGUCCAUUUUCGGAUGAUCCAUGAGGAUACUCGGCAUCUGCUCUGCCCUUAUUGCCUGAAGGUCUUCAAAAAUGGCAAUGCAUUCCAGCAGCAUUACAUGAGGCACCAGAAGAGGAAUGUUUAUCACUGCAACAAAUGCCGGCUGCAGUUUCUCUUUGCCAAGGACAAAAUUGAACACAAGCUUCAGCACCACAAAACCUUCCGUAAACCCAAGCAGCUGGAAGGUUUGAAACCAGGCACCAAGGUGACAAUCCGGGCUUCCCGAGGGCAGCCACGAACUGUUCCUGUUUCCUCCAAUGAUGCAUCUCCCAGCACCUUACAGGAGGCAGCACCACUGACCUCCUCAACAGACCCCCUGCCUGUCUUCCUUUAUCCCCCUGUCCGGCGCAACGUUCAGAAGAGAGCUGUUAGGAAAAUGUCAGUGCCACCUUUUGGAGGUUGGGGGCUGGGUGGACACAACUGUUCCUAUAGCCAGUGUAAUCUAGUAGCCUUUAGCAGGAUCUGUUGUCUGAAGCCCCCACAAUUUGAACACUCCCGGGGCAAUAACAAGAAUUUUUUGUUGUUUCUUGAUAGGAGUGUUAUGGGCCGGCAGACGUGCCUGGAGUGCAGCUUUGAAAUCCCAGAUUUCCCUAAUCAUUUCCCUACCUAUGUUCACUGCUCUCUGUGUCGCUAUAGCACCUGCUGCUCUCGAGCCUAUGCCAACCACAUGAUCAACAAUCAUGUUCCACGCAAGAGCCCUAAGUAUUUGGCUUUGUUUAAAAAUUCUGUGAGUGGAAUCAAGCUGGCUUGCACUUCAUGUACCUUUGUUACCUCUGUGGGAGAUGCCAUGGCCAAGCAUCUGGUAUUCAACCCCUCUCACAGAUCCAGCAGUAUCCUACCACGAGGAUUCACUUGGAUGUCUCACUCAAGACAUGGCCAUACUCGUGACCGAGUACAUGACCGGAGCUUGAAGAAUAUAUAUCCUCCUCCUGCCUUCUCCUCUAAUAAAACUGCCACUGUGAAAUCUGGGGGGGCCACCUCAGCUGAGCCUGAAGAGCUUCCGACUCCUAUGACCCAAGCACUCCCGUCACCAGCGUCAACCGCAACCCCGCCACCAACCCCAACCCACUCCCAGCCUUUAGCCCUUCUGCCCUUGGCUGCAGAGGGGGCUGAAUGUCUGAAUGUUGAUGACCAGGAUGAAGGGAGCCCAGUCAUCCAGGAGUCUGAGCAGGCAACAGGGGGCGGUAAUGGCAGUGGGGUUGGCAAGAAGGAGCAGCUGUCUGUGAAGAAGCUUCGAGUGGUACUGUUUGCCUUGUGCUGCAAUACAGAACAGGCCGCCGAACACUUCCGAAAUCCCCAACGACGGAUCCGGCGUUGGCUUCGGCGCUUCCAGGCCUCCCAGGGGGAGAAUCUGGAGGGCAAAUAUCUGAGCUUAGAAGCAGAAGAGAAGCUGGCUGAGUGGGUGCUAACUCAGCGAGAGCAGCAGCUACCUGUGAAUGAGGAGACCUUGUUCCAGAAGGCCACCAAAAUAGGACGUUCUUUGGAGGGGGGGUUUAAAAUCUCCUAUGAGUGGGCUGUGCGUUUCAUGCUCCGGCACCACCUGACUCCCCAUGCCCGGCGAGCUGUGGCCCAUACCUUACCGAAGGAUGUGGCAGAGAAUGCAGGACUCUUCAUUGAAUUCGUACAACGACAGAUUCACAACCAGGACUUACCCUUGUCCAUGAUUGUGGCCAUUGAUGAGAUCUCCUUGUUCCUAGAUACAGAGGUGCUGAGCAGUGAUGACCGGAAGGAGAAUGCCCUGCAGACAGUGGGCACAGGGGAACCUUGGUGUGAUGUGGUGCUGGCCAUUCUGGCAGACGGCGCUGUCCUCCCCACCCUGGUUUUCUACCGAGGACAAAUGGAUCAACCUGCUAAUGUGCCAGACUCGAUAUUGCUAGAGGCAAAGGAGAGUGGCUACAGUGAUGAUGAGAUCAUGGAGCUGUGGUCAGCUCGGGUGUGGCAGAAGCACACUGCUUGCCAGCGUAGCAAAGGCAUGCUUGUGAUGGACUGUCACCGCACUCACUUGUCGGAAGAGGUGCUGGCUAUGCUUAGUGCCUCUAGCACCUUGCCCGCGGUGGUCCCAGCAGGCUGUAGCUCCAAAAUCCAGCCGUUAGAUGUAUGCAUCAAACGAACUGUCAAGAACUUCCUACACAAAAAGUGGAAGGAGCAGGCCCGGGAAAUGGCAGAUACUGCAUGCGAUUCCGAUGUCCUGCUUCAACUGGUGCUGGUCUGGCUGGCUGAGGUGCUGGGUGUCAUUGGGGACUGUCCAGAGCUGGUACAGCGGUCCUUCCUCGUGGCUAGCGUUCUGCCUGGCCCUGAUGGCAACAUUAACUCGCCUACAAGAAAUGCUGACAUGCAGGAGGAGCUCAUUGCGUCCCUAGAGGAGCAACUGAAGCUGAGUGGGGAACAGUCUGAGGAACCCUCAGCUUCCACUCCCCGACCCAGGUCAUCUCCUGAAGAGACAAUUGAGCCUGAAAGCCUUCAUCAGCUCUUUGAGGGCGAAAGCGAGACCGAGUCUUUUUAUGGCUUUGAAGAAGCCGACCUAGAUCUGAUGGAAAUUUGAGUGUUGGGGUCAUGAGCGGGUGCAGAGUGGGGGUGGGAAAGUGUGAAGGGGGGGUAGAGGAAUUUAGGGAAAAGGGGUUAUGCCAGGUGGGGUAUUUCGUUUUUAUUUUUUAAUUUUAUGCCACCACUCCCCACCCCACCCCCCAUGUUGACUUCUGUUUCCCUGUGGAUUUGUGGAUUAUUAGGAAUACCAGUAGUGAUCCCAUCUGAGCCAAGGAGCUGGCCCAUUGGUCGUUCACUUCUGCUAAAAACAGGUUUUGGUGACUUUUUUUUUUUUUUUAAUUUAAAUCACUGUUUGGUAUUUUUCUGACAAAAUCAAGAAAAAGAAAAAAAAAAUUCUUUGUGGGCGAAUGUUAAUUUUUUUGUUUCCCCUUUUACCUCAAUUGUAUCAUAGUACAUCUGGGUUUUUCUCUUUGUUUUACUGUGUGGCAGUGUCUUUGGGCAUGUUAUUCAACCAUUGUCAAUGUGAGAACAUUUCUGAAGAUGGGAAAGACAAAAAAAUAUGUAGCUCACAAACUGGUUUAUUAUAUAUAUGGAUAAAACUUUUUUCAUUGUGGUCUUAACACUUUUAUAUAAAAAUGAAAAUGGAAAAAAUCCCACUGAACUCUCUCUUCCUUCUCCUUUCUUUCCUUCCCUCUCCAGAGAUGUUGGUUUCUACAGCAACUCUUAGAGAUACAAAAUUGUGGCUUUAAAAAAAUGCAUGAAACCACGUCUCAUCCAGAAUGAUGAAUUAGAUUUGUUUUUCCUCACCACCCUCUCUCCAACAAAAACAUGACAAAAUGAGUAUUGUUUGCACUUGGGAUCUUUGGCCCCUUUUCCCAUGCUCACACCAUUACUCUGGACAAAGGAUCAUACAUGUGUCAUUAGCAAGCAAGAGGUACUGAGGUGAUCACACAGUGUUAGGGUGGAAGCCAGUGUAUGGGUCUUCAUCAUGUUAAGUGGACAGCAUGCCUGUUCAAGAGAUCACAUGUCCUACAUCCAGGAGCUAAUUGUGCAAGAAGUUAAGUGUUGAACUUUAAAAAUAAGACAGACCACUUGUUGAAAUCCUGCUUACUCUGUGGCUUUCCUUAUUCCUCUUAAUGCUUAGAGAAGAAUGUGACCUGAAGAAGAAACACACAGGGGUGUGCACAAAGAAAGACAUGAAUCUUUAUUUUUCACUGCCAGCUUCAAGGAAAGAAAAUGUUUCUACAAUUUGCAUGAGGGAUUUUUUUUAACUGUAUGUACUCACAGUUAUAAACUGAAAUGUACUGUAUCAUACAGAGAAAAGGAACAAAAACCCAAGGCCAGCUUUCCCACAGCUACACCUUCCAUCCCAAGGCUUUCAGCAACAUGUCCCUCCUGGGAGCCAAGGAGGCAGCCUGCACAGGCUUGUAAAUGGUUCAUCUUUAAAAUGUAUAUAAGUGGGACAUUUAAUAAAAUGAGGGGAAAUGGAUUUAUAAACAAUGUGGUUUUUUUUUUUCUAGGUAAUCCUAUUUUAGUAGGCUUUCACAGACUGGGACAUGCUCAAGAUGUGAUGGGCCUGGUGGUACGGGUGUGACACUUGUUACGCCUGUUUCUCCUCACCUCCAUUUUUUGUUUUUUUAACUCCCAGCACACUAUAAUAUAGUGAACUGGAGUGAUCCUGCCCAUAAACAGCUUGGCCAGCUUCGUGAACCCAUGGCAUCUGAAAAGUGAACUGAGGAUCUAUCUUCUCUUGGGCUUCUCUUCCCCAGCUUUUUGCCUGAUGCCAUUUUGACAUUAAAAUGGACUUCGAAGUCAACCCUUUGCCUUUGAGAAAGUUCAAGAACUAUGGUCAACUAUCUACAAUGACCUAACCUUCUCUUUGGUAGUCUCCACAGCAGCCCCAGCCUCAGCAGAGCUGGGUUCCUGGCCUCUGCAUACUGUGACUUUCUUGAUGGGUAGUUUUUUUAAGACUAUAUAACACCAACAGUGGAUCAGCUGGGUUUUGGCCAGGAAGUUACAUUUGUGGAUUCUGCCUGCAUGGCUUAGUAGUAGAAGGAAGUUUUUUUUGUUUUGUUUUUUUUAUAAUUCAGUUUAAUCAAUAAAGUAUUUAUUGACUA